AUGGCUUUCAAUUUCCCAGCAUUUUCUUAUAUUAUUGCUCUUAUCGUAGACGCAUUUCUUAUUUUCUUCUCGUUAUUUCACGUUAUAGCGUUUGAUGAACUUAAAACCGACUAUAAAAAUCCAAUAGAUCAGUGCAAUAGCUUGAAUCCUCUGGUACUACCAGAAUAUAUCCUACAUCUCCUAUUCAACAUUCUGUUUGCUGCUUCUGGAGAGUGGUUAUCACUAUGCUUGAACAUUCCACUUAUAGCAUAUCACAUAAAUCGAUAUCGAACUAGACCUGUGAUGUCUGCAUAUGGUAUCUAUGACCCAACAAGUAUUAUGAAUGCUGAUGUACUUACAAGGUGUCAAAGGGAAGGAUGGAUCAAGCUUGCUUUUUACCUGCUCAGUUUCUUCUAUUAUCUUUAUGGGUAUGUUAUAGCAUUAGAAAGGUAUCAUAUUGAACGUGUUUGA